AGUUUACACAUGAAUGUUAAAAAGGCUGUAUUCACUUCAGAAGUGCAAGAAUUUUUAAAUACGAAGCCAGUGCAAAAUAAUGAAAUAGUUUGGAAUUCAGCGAUAGUAAAGAAUCCCGGUGCAUUGUAAGAACCCCGUUUAUUUCGUUGCACUAAGCAUUUUGGUACAAUGUGUGACUUCAUAAAGUUUGACACUAAACUAAAGGAUCCGUCACUUGUUGAAGGAUGUGAAGUGCUCUACAAGAACAACUGCAAGGUGGAAGUGAAAUACAAGGGUUCUUUACAAGGAGAGAUCAUGAAUUUAACGUUCAGAUUGAUAGGAAAUGAACAUUUGAUCAAAUUGGAGUUAACUAGCGAAACGGAUUUAUUCUUUUAUUUUAUUCACAGGAUUGACUCUAAAUCGUUUGAAGAUAUCAAAACAGCUCAGAAUCUCACGAUAGACUUUGUUAACUACUCGGAAACUAUCAUUAAAAUGGUUAAUUCCUGCAUAGAUUCAAGCUCAUUUUCGUGUAUACUAUACAUUAAUGGUGAUCUCGGAGUACUGAAGUUUUUUCAGAACAUGGACUAUCGUGAGAUGGAACUUUUAGAGUGUGCGUUCCGUAGGGAAGACGAAUUCAAAACUGCUGAAAACAUAACAUACCGCUACAAUUACACAAAGGAAAUUUUAGGUCACUAUAAACGUCGUCUCGAGGAGUUUUACACAUUGGUGAAACGUAAAGAUCCACAGAUUGUCCAGAAUAAACUAUUUGGAAGGCCUUGUCCGCAUUUCUUGCCCAAAUGAGUUUUGGAUUUUCUACCUGCAAGAAUCACCCUCUGGGGACCACCUGAAUUCUACUCCAGU